AUGGCUCGGUCAAACAAGCCGAACCGUUACCGGGCUCGCAAAGACACCGGUGACCACGCCAGGUCGCAACCGGGCACGCCACGGCCACGCGGACCACGUCCACUAGGUCGAGGCGCGGGAUGUGACCGGGACACCGAUAACACUGCCGAACAUUCAAAAAACCAGAUGCAUCAUCGGAACGGUGGAAGGGGAGGAAGAGGCGGAGGCGCCGGCGCCGGCAGGAAAGACAAGCGCGGCUCCCUACACCAGGGCAGCAGGAAGCCGCGCAGUAACAAUAAGGAUGCGGUGUCUCUUCAGUGCGGGAUUUGCGGUGAAUGUCGUUGCAGCCGGCUUAUAUGUUCUCCAAGGAAGGCGGCCAUCGAAACUAUCGAGAGUAACACCGCCAUGACCUCUUCAGAUGGCUUAGUGAGCAGCAGGCAGCCGCCAACGUCCUGCACAAACUGCGAGGCAAUGCAGCUGCAUAACCGGCAGCUGUAUGAGUCCAUGACUGACGUCAUGGUCGACUGGGCGAGGGAGGUUGGGGUGGAUAUCGAGGGAGACAGGGACGCGACGGCGAGUGUGGACACCGAAGAGAUGGAGUGGCAGCGGGAGCACGUCUUCAUCAUCCCCGCCGACCACCGCAAAGUGACCGACAAUGAGCUGUUGGGUCUUGAGAAUGCCCGGCUGGGGCUCGCAGCUGUCGGAGGGCUGGGGAGGGUAGGCGGUGGAUAUGAUCAGUUGCUUGCUCAACCGUGGAGGCAGGUCGAAGCCUUGGCCAGACCGGCGCCGGCGCUUCAAUACCAUCCGAUGGAUAUUGCCGACAAUAGUUCAGUUCUUGACCAAGCAAGCCAAUGGUUGAUCCGACAAGGAAUGAUGUCGCCAAUGUCUGAGCCCAGCGCGCUAGAACAAGGUUCUGAGGGGUAG